UAUUUAUUUCCCUUGUGAGAAUGGGUUGGUGGGGUUACAACUUGGGUUACAGCCCAAUUAGCAGGGCUAGAUGCACCGCUACAGUGAGGAGAGGUCGCAGGAAGCAUUUGAUCAGAGCGUCCACGAGUGCGGAGUCUGUCUCAGUGAAAAUACUGGUGAUGAUGAGCUCCCUCUUGAACCCAUCGAUGGCUGUCUGGUCAGUACAUUUUGCUGGUGAAAUUUGUUGAGAAUUUCACCCUUUUCUUUCACGUUUUUGCAGGCAGAAACUUCAUCCAGCUCCCGUGCAACCAUUCCUUCUGUGUCAAGUGCAUGGAGUCCUACUGCGGCAUCCACGUGAAGGAAGGCAGCGUGACCAGGCUGGCGUGCCCGGACACGUCGUGCCGCGCGCCGCUGCCGCCGCCGGUGCUGAGGCGCCUCCUCGCCGAGGAGGGCUACGCGCGGUGGGAGUCGCUGGCGCUGCGGCGGACGCUGGACACGAUGCCCGACGUGGCCUACUGCCCCCGGUGCAACGCCGCCUGCGUGGCCGCCGGCGACGACGCGCAGUGCCCCGCCUACUUCUGCGGCGCCACGUCGGGGACGCCUGCGUCCCCGCGGUAUGCUACGCACGCGGUGCGUCCCCGCGGUAUGCUACGCACGCGGUGCCGUGGCCAUUCAACAUGA